GCUGCGACGUGCGCUCCGUGAUCAUCUUAGCAACCGUUUGAGAAAACUGAUUGGUGGGCGGGCGAACAGCGGUCAACUCCGAUUUCGAAAGGCAACCACAUUCCUUACCUAAUAUCACCGUUCUUCCCCUCACUUUCUGACUUUGUUCAGAGCAGUGUGAGUCAACUCUGGAGAGGGGAUAGCCUAUUUAAAGAACGGUGAAAUUGUGGCUAUAUUGCUUUUGUCUCGAAAUAACAGUAUCGACUAGACAUAUCUAAAUCGACAACAUAGCUCAAAUCAUGGGGAGCGUGACAGCUUCCAAACCUAGUCCAACAUACAGCUCUUUCUGCAUGCUCGAGCUGUAUGAUGGGGAAAACUACGUCGAGUACAUCUUCAAGGCAAACGGAAAACUAUUUGUCAUCAGCGUCCAUACGACAGACCUUGCGGGUCCAGGCAGCUUGCUUGAGGAAUUUAAUUCACUCCGCCGUGAUCUAGACCGUUUUAACAAAUUCGAGGACUGGUUUCUCGAGCCUGCCGAAGAUUUCAUACGAAGUGUAGCCCCAGCACUCAAGUCCCGUGCCCGCCAGUCUACGACUCUUCGCGAUUACUACAGCUGUGAAACCUUUCAUCUCAAGCUCAGGAACGAAGCCGGCCAGCUGCACGCCAUUCAACAGCCGUACAUCGAGCAAGGAAAAGAGAGUUUUAUUCCCCGACUUAAGGUCAUAGACAACGCGCAAGGUGUUGACUUCCAUUGGUAUGAUAGGCACUAUCGUUCGAUUCCACGCUUCUCACUAGCUGGCGUGCCUCGGUUCUUGGCUUCUGAGAUAGAGCGCGUAGAUGACGACCUGCGUGAUUGGGAACUAGACGAUAGGCCACGCAAGGUUCGCCAGAUAGGUACGGACAAGGUAUUUUACUUCAAAGGUGCCUUUUACAACCGUCGGUGCUCGCGGGAAAUCAAGAUGCUUUCCCAAAUUGAACAAAACACCAAGAAGUUAAGGGCAACAGACCCGGCCUAUGCGACGGCUAUGCGAACAUCGAAAUUGGUUGGCAUAGUCAUGUGGGAUGACGAGGAGACUGUCAUGGGUCUACUGCUGGAAUAUGUCGAGGGUCAAACACUCUGUCAGCUUCUAUGGGAGGAGGAGCACAACAAACACAGAAUUGACCCAGCAUCCAAGACAAAGUGGGCAGCACAGAUCGAAUCGACUCUGCGAUAUCUGCAUGGUAUUGGUAUCAUCUGGACUGGUGCAUGGACCAGCAAUGUUAUCAUCACCUCUGGCAAUGACGCUGUCCUUGUUGACUUCGGAGGCGAUUCAGCGCCCAUGUAUAUACCGCUCGAAAUCCUCCACACUGUUGAAGGCGACUUCUUGGGGUUGAAGCGAAUAAAGGAAGACCUGAAUCUCGAUCUAUCCGAUAUGCCUCCAUCUUCCAAACUAUGAGGGAAUUGUCAUUGCUCGAUGUGUUCGAUUACUAGAAGACGCCCGCAAUAUUCACUCGUUGGUUCACUGAUGGGGGGUGUUUAUAUACAAAUUGAACCAUUCUAGAGCUAUUUCGAUGCCAUAUUGCUAGCAACUUAUGUAUUUGAACAAAAGUAAGCGGGGUUGUGCUAAACGUAGCUCAUGUAAUGCCUCGAAUUCAAUCAAGUCCAUUCAUAUGAGGAAAUAAGAAAUAUUUAUCAAGAUGAAAAUUUAUUCGGGCGGUUUUGAGUUAAGAUGUCAAGAACACCACGUGCUACGCGUAUUGGUUGUGCUGAUCUUCAACUUAGCUAUUGGCCUGCAUGAGAUUGACUGGUGAUGCCAUUUUGGAGAAAUAGAACGUCGUAGCGCGGGAGUGGGGAACCAGAGCACAACGAGAAUAACGGGUCAAUCAGCGUCCAUGCCGGACACUAUCCAACAUUAGCUUCAUUCCGUUUUCAAGCAUCGAAAAA